AUGCUUGCUCAGCGCUACUUGACUGAGCUGCCGCCGCCCAAGGCCCUCGCUCUCCAGCGUGUUUGCUCUACGCUCGCGCUUGCUGCCAUGAUUCUUGUGUACAUCUCCUUCUCUUUUGGCCAGUACACGCCAACCAUAUGGCAAAUAUCGCAAGCGCAUCACACUUCAUGGACGCCCAAUACGCCCAUGACGUUGGAUCUCUUUCCCGCAGUCUUGUUUCUCUGCCAGUUACUGUAUCUUGCACAGCUGCUUGCCUCAAAGAACGAGGCACUCUUGGCGUCUGCUACAAAUGGCGUCUCUUACCACUUUGUCGGAUUUGGUCUGCUCGAAGUCGCCUUCAUUGUGCUCUGGGUGAAGCAGCACUUUGUAUGGUGUGUCCUGGUCCAGUCCAUCAAUCUGGCUCACCUCAUCAUCCUCUACCGGCGACUAGGGCCCACGCCGUAUGCAGCCACGACAACCAAUGCCAAGAACCUCUAUGUUCAAAUCCCCACAGUCAAGCUGCCUAUUGCGUUGUGCACCUACAACAUUGUGCAUGCGCUGUCCAUCUGUCUCGAAACAAAACACGUCCGUCGCUCGCCUCUGCACUUCAUGCCACUCGCAGUCAUUGGCUUGUUGAUGCUGCUUGCUGUCUUUAGAAAUCGAGAUGCAUUACUGGGCCUGCCACUCAGCUACUUGCUCUUCUCACUCGGCACUGAGCAGUACCGUCACCCGCACGGGGACCAUGUCACUUGGAUCAUGGCGUUCAGCUAUGCAUCGCUGCUGCUUGUCCUCAGUAUCUUCAUCGGGGUGCCGAGACUGCGCUAUGCGAGUGGUCUUCAUACAGCAGAGACACCGGAGCAGCGGCCUCUUCUUUCCUAG